AUGGGGUGCUUCUUCUCCAAAAAAUCCAGGAGAAAAUCUCCCGACAAGGAACCCGCUAACGACCAGGAGGCACCGAAGCAAUACAGCUGGGACAAACGAGAAAAGGUCGAUCCCAAAGAUUUCAUGCUGACAGGCAUUAAAGAUGCCACAGUCGGUCGCCUUCCAGGUAAACUGAACGGCCAGCAGUUUGUCAUUCAGGAAUGUGAGAACUGCAACAUCUAUGUUUUCGACCAUUCUGCCGCCGUUACUAUAGACGACUGUGUAAACUGCCGCAUCUUUCUGGGUCCCGUGAAAGGCAGCGUGUUCUUCAGAGACUGCAAAGACAUCAAGUGCGUGGUGGCCUGCCAACAGUUUCGCACGCGAGACUGCAAGAAGAUGGAGAUAUUUCUGUGUUGUGCCACCCAACCUAUCAUUGAAUCCUCUACAGGGAUGAAGUUUGGUUGCUUCCAGUACUACUAUCCUGAACUGGCUUUUCAUUUCAAAGAUGCUGGACUGAGCAUCUUCAACAACAACUGGAGCAACAUUCAUGACUUCACUCCCGUCGCCGGGGAAAACAACUGGAGCCUAUUGCCAGAGGAUUCUGUAGUCCUGGAUCAUGUGCCCAUGCCAGACCCGGAAUCCGAAUUCAAAUCCGUCCGGAUCUCUACGGAAGCAUCUCGGAGCAUCGUUCCCUCGACCAAAGGCGGGAGACGCAAGGACAGUGAGGAGUCUUGCCUGUUUGUGUUCUUUGCUGGAGACUACACCACUGCCAACGCACGCAAACUCAUCGAUGAGGCAAGUGCUAAGGGCUUUGUCCUUAUCCAAACCAAAGAGGUCUCUAUGCGUCCUGAGGAUGUGAACAGAGUAUUCCAGAACAAUGCUGAAGGACUCCAUGAGUGGAUCAGUAAGGGUCCAGUUGUUGCUCUGGAGUUGAACGGGGAUGGUGUGGUUGAGGCUUGCAGGAACAUUGCUGAUGAAGUGUUUAAUGGAACUAAGGUGUUUGUUUCUGAAAGCAAGAAUACGUCCUCGCGAGAUGUUGACAACUUUUUCAACUUUGCCGACAUGCAGAUGGGAUUGUGA